GAAGUUGUAAAACUCGUAGACUGGGUAUACCCAGUGGCUGACGGUCAUCAAUCAGGACACAAGACACAAGACAGGCAGGAAACAACAGUCAAUGAUGUCAGUGGAACGGCUCCUCAUCCUCCUACUUCUUUACUUUAGCCGUUGUGUUGGUUUGGCUAGAUCAGUCUCAUGCUUCACUGAUGGAUGUCGACAUGGAAACGGUGGACUAAGAUGUCAGUCAUGCUACGUUGGUUGCUAUGGAACAAACUGCACCAUCCCAUGUAAUGACAACUGUCACACAGACGGGUGUAACAAAAUCGCUGGGAAUGUUUCACAUGCAAGCCAGGGAUAUUAUGGACGAGACUGCAAUGUGUCCUGUCCGAGAAGAUGUUGGAGCAUCACAACGAUCUCUGCUAUCUGUGACCGUUAUACAGGUGCUUGUUCUGAAACCUGUGAUGGAGGAUUGACUGGUGUACACUGCAAGGAUCAAGUCUGUAAUACAGAAACCGGUCGAUGUAUCUUUGGCUGUCAGGAAACUUGGACAGGAGAGUACUGCAAGAGAACAUGUGAUACCUGCCUCAACACAAGAUGCAGCUGGACCGGAUAUUGUCUCCAUGGUUGCAAACGCGGUCUCUAUGGAGACAUGUGCGAGAAGACUUGCCCUCGAUGUUAUACUACUGGCUGUGACAGAGGAACAGGUAUAUGUGAAUCGUGCCGUCCAGGUUAUCGAGGAAGACACUGCAACCACAACUGUUCUGAAACAUGCUACAGAGGCGGGGAUGGACACAGGCACUGUGAUCGUUACAACGGGAACUGUCUGGAGGGUUGUGAAGUAGGAUGGCACGGUCAUCGUUGUUCCACUCGGUGCAGCACCUCCUGCAACUCGUCUCGUUGUUACAGUCAUGAUGGUGCCUGUGAAGAUGGUUGUAAGCCUGGUUGGCAUGGCAAACACUGUCUGACGCCAUGCAGUACCACGUGCAAGCAAUCACUGUGUGCCAGUCACGAUGACGGAUGGAGGGGGAAGAAUUGCGAACUCCGAUGUCCAAGCGGCUGUGACACAUGUGAUGAUGAUGGCGUCUGUAUGUCUAGCAUUGUGACCAACAGAGUGUCGGAUCCAGAAGAUGACUCCCACAAUGAUGCAAACAACUCAGGGUUUACUCCCACAACGCAGACCCUCCCAAAACGCAGUUAA